UCCCACUUCGUCACGGUGCGCUGGCGGCGUAAGAUAGCUAGAUAAGUUAUGGAGGACGCUAACGUGAGCCAUCCGUUGCCUUCCGCAAACCGAAGGUUAAGUAACCUCGCACAUCACUUAACCGGCCAUUCUCCGGCCAUGGCUUCAGAAAGUCAUAGCUCCGCUCUCUCGCCGUCGCCGACUGCUGGAUCAUACGGCGCCGCUGCUUCCGUCUUCGCCGGCAUCUUACAGGCACCAGAGGAUCCGAUUCUUGGAGUGACGGUUGCGUACAACAAGGAUCCGAGCCCCGUAAAGGUUAAUUUGGGCGUUGGCGCCUAUCGGACUGAGGAAGGAAAACCGCUAGUUCUGAACGUAGUGAGGAAAGCCGAGCAGCUGCUGGUCAACGAUCCGGUGCGUGUUAAGGAGUAUCUGCCCAUCACAGGAUUGGCGGAUUUCAAUAAAUUGAGUGCUAAACUUAUAUUUGGAGCUGACAGCCCUGCCAUUCGAGAAAAUAGAGUGGCGACAGUGCAAUGCUUAUCAGGCACUGGAUCAUUGAGGGUUGGAGGAGAGUUUCUGGCAAGGCAUUACCAUGAAAGAACUAUCUACAUUCCCCAACCAACAUGGGGGAACCAUCCAAAAAUUUUCACAUUAGCGGGAUUGGCUGUCAAGUACUAUCGCUACUAUGAUCCUGCAACACGAGGACUGAACUUUAAUGGCCUCCUGGAAGAUCUUAGUUCUGCACCAACUGGAGCUAUAGUACUCCUGCAUGCUUGCGCUCAUAACCCUACUGGAGUUGAUCCCACCCUUGAACAAUGGGAGCAGAUUAGGCUGCUGAUGAGAUCAAAGGAGUUGCUACCUUUCUUUGACAGUGCUUAUCAGGGUUUUGCAAGUGGAAGUCUUGAUGCAGAUGCACAAUCUGUUCGCAUUUUUGUUGCCGAUGGUGGUGAAUGCCUUGCUGCUCAAAGCUAUGCCAAGAACAUGGGCCUUUAUGGAGAACGUGUUGGUGCACUGAGCAUUGUGUGCAAAUCUUCUGAUGUGGCAGCCAGAGUUGAGAGUCAGCUGAAGCUUGUGAUCAGGCCUAUGUAUUCAAACCCUCCUAUUCAUGGUGCAUCCAUUGUGGCCACAAUUCUGAAAAACAGUGAGAUGUACAAUGAAUGGACGGCUGAGCUGAAAAUGAUGGCUGAUCGUAUAAUCAGCAUGCGUAAACAGCUGUUUGGCGCUCUGCAUGAAAGAGGUACACCAGGUGAUUGGAGUCACAUUAUCAAGCAGAUUGGGAUGUUUACCUUCACCGGCCUUAACAGGGAGCAAGUCGCUUUCAUGACCAAGGAAUUUCACAUUUAUAUGACUUCUGAUGGGCGAAUCAGUAUGGCCGGUUUGAGCUCAAAAACAGUUCCUCAUCUCUCAGAUGCCAUACAUGCUGCUGUUACUCGCAUUAACUAACUGGCAGAAUUAUUUUUCCCCUAUGCCCUUCUCGGCAGAUAGCAACGGUAACAAUAUAGUAACAAAAUAAGUUUGCGAAUACUGUUUUAUUGGGAGGUUGUAACACUGCUUUUGAUGAACACUUCUGUGUUCUGUUUCGUGAAUACUUCAAACAAGAGUUCUGUUAAUUUCAAUAAAUCUUGAAAAGCAGCAGGUGUUGAGUGUUUUUGCUCCGAGCUUAUAAGUUUCAAGUUUUUCUGAUGAUUGUAAGCAUAUUUUUAUUGGACCGUUUUAAAAGAAUAUUUUUGUGGUC